AUUUACGAGUUCAGGCGUGAGGGCUGUGAGUUUGCAAAUCCAGCAGCUGGAGUGUGUUUGUGGUAGCUGCUUUCCUGUGCUAAGCUGAUUUACUUGUUUAAGGUCUGACCUCAUCAUCCUGUCAGUAUGGGUUCCCACCUACACUGUUAGCGGCAGCUUUCUGCUUCAGCUAGGCUGGAAGUAUUCAGUGUAUCACAGGCAGAGGGGGAGGGGAGAGAAAGCAAGAAAGACUGCUCUCUCUCUCUCAGCACUUGUGCUUUUGUUAGUUCUACACAAGAGGCAGAGAAACAAGAGAUAACAAAGGCUCCAUUUCCUUUCUGUUAGAGAAGGCUUUUGUCUUUCCUCCGGCAACAAUGUCAGUGUCCGGCAAGAAAGAGUUUGAUGUGAAACAGAUCCUGAGGCUUCGCUGGAGAUGGUUUAGUCAUCCUUCUCAAGGAUCGCCUAACACUGGAAGCUGCCUUCAGCAGGAAGGAUAUGAGCAUAGAGGGACCCCGGUUCAGGGCAGGUUGAAGAACCACUCACGGGACAGAAACGGACUGAAGAAAGGCAAUAGUCCUGUCCACCACAAUAUACUGACGCCGGUGCCAGGACCAGCCCCUACCCAUCAAAGAGUCCUCCAGAAUUGGCACCAACAAAACGUGAUAGUACAUCUUCAAGCAAAUGAAGAUACUCCUAAAGCCGUUCCAGAGGAGAAUUUGCUCAGAGAAGCUUGUGAGAAGCGCUCACGAGAUUUGGAGAUGAUGGGUGAUGACAAUAUAGAAGAUUCUAGAGCACGACUAUAUGCUGAAGAACCUGAAGAAAUGAAUAUCAUUUCUGAGGAUCACUUCCGUUCUCGAAACCAUGCAGAUCAUACUCUCUGUAAAAUGGAGAACUAUUUGAAAGAGAAAAAAUUGUGUGAUGUGCUACUUAUCGCUGGACCUCUCAAAAUCCCAGCUCACAGAUUGGUUCUCAGUGCUGUGUCUGACUAUUUUGCUGCAAUGUUUACUAAUGAUGUGCUUGAAGCCAGACAAGAAGAGGUCAGGAUGGAAGGUGUAGAUCCAAAUGCACUUAAUUCUUUGGUGCAGUAUGCUUAUACAGGUGUGCUGCAACUGAGAGAAGACACCAUUGAAAAUUUGCUGGCUGCAGCAUGUCUCCUACAGCUGACGCAGGUCAUUGAUGUCUGCUGCAAUUUCCUCAUAAAGCAACUACAUCCUUCAAACUGCCUAGGGAUUCGCUCAUUUGGAGAUGCCCAGGGCUGUGUGGAGCUCCAGAAUGUGGCACAUAAGUACACCAUGGAACAUUUCAUUGAUGUAGUAAAGAACCAAGAAUUCCUUCUGCUUCCAGCUAAUGAAAUUUCAAAACUUCUGUGUAGUGAUGACAUUAAUGUGCCUGACGAAGAAACAAUUUUCCAUGCUCUUAUGCAGUGGGUAGGUCAUGAUGCUCAGACUAGGCAACGAGAUCUGGCGAAGCUGCUUUCUUAUAUCAGACUGCCAUUACUUUCGCCACAGUUACUUGCAGAUCUGGAAAACAGUUCGAUGUUUACUGAUGAUCUGGAGUGUCAGAAGCUACUAAUGGAAGCUAUGAAGUAUCAUCUCUUGCCUGAGAGAAGAUCUAUGUUGCAAAGCCCUCGUACAAAACCUAGAAAGUCAACUGUGGGGGCACUUUAUGCUGUGGGAGGUAUGGAUGCUGCUAAAGGUACUACUACAAUUGAGAAGUAUGACCUCAGAACCAACAGUUGGAUCCAUAUUGGCACUAUGAGUGGUCGUAGACUUCAGUUUGGAGUUGCAGUUGUUGAUAAUAAACUUUACGUCGUGGGAGGAAGAGAUGGUUUAAAAACUUUGAAUACUGUGGAAUGUUUUAAUCCAGUUACCAAAACCUGGGUUGUGAUGCCUCCUAUGUCGACACAUAGGCAUGGACUAGGUGUAGCCACACUUGAAGGACCAAUGUAUGCUGUUGGAGGUCAUGAUGGAUGGAGUUAUCUAAAUACUGUAGAAAGAUGGGAUCCUGAUGGACGUCAGUGGAAUUACGUGGCCAGCAUGUCAACUCCUAGAAGUACAGUUGGAGUUGUUGCAUUAAACAACAAACUGUAUGCUAUUGGUGGGCGUGAUGGAAGUUCCUGCCUCAAGUCAAUGGAGUACUUUGACCCGCACACUAACAAGUGGAGUCUGUGUGCUCCGAUGUCCAAAAGACGUGGAGGUGUAGGUGUAGCAACACACAAUGGAUACUUGUAUGUUGUAGGGGGACACGAUGCCCCUGCUCCUAACCAUUGCUCCAGGCUUUCUGACUGUGUAGAAAGAUAUGAUCCAAAAAGUGACUCGUGGUCAACCGUGGCACCUUUGAGUGUUCCUCGCGAUGCUGUUGCUGUAUGCCCCCUUGGAGACAAACUCUAUGUGGUUGGCGGAUAUGAUGGUCAUACUUAUUUGAAUACUGUUGAAUCAUAUGAUGCUCAGAAAGAUGAAUGGAAAGAGGAAGUCCCUGUCAACAUUGGACGAGCUGGGGCAUGUGUUGUGGUUGUGAAGCUACAUUGAAACUCUCAUUGGCUAAUGUAAUGAAAUGGAUUUAUUUCAAGAAUGAAGAAGAAAUAUGGUCUUUUAUGAAAUUUAUAACAAAUUCAAAUUCUGUUCUGUCAUUUUCAUGUAUAGUUGAAAUUGUUAACAUUCGUAAGGCUGAAAAAUGUGGAUUACCUGUUAGUGUUGAGUGUUAUGUGCUAUCUCAGAUCAUAAUCUAAUGAGAAAUCCAAUAGGUUAUGUUUAGCCUCAUUACCAUAUAAUGUUAAAGUACCUAACAAAAAUUUGGCAGUGGGCAGUAUUUGAAGGUGAUGAAUGCAUUAACAAUUUUCAUGUAAGGAUCUAAGAAGUAAAAACAUUUCUUAUUAAAGGUACUAUAAAAUAAUGACAGAAGCCUUGAAGCAUCAAGUCUGGUAUCAAACAAUAGCUCACCUAGAUAAUAAUACCUCACAUGUGCCAAGAAGAAGGGGUUUUCUGUGUCAAAGAUGAAAUAGACUAUUCAUUGAUAUAAUUUGUUAUACUAAUCACACUAUGUCAAACUUUUCACAGGCUAUUAUACUCAGCUAACUAUCUGCCAAAAUAUGUGUAUAGAUUUUUCUAUUCCAUGCUGUGGUGUGUUAGUAGAUUCAUUUGCAGUAAAAUAUCAUAAUGUCGCCUAUACAAUCUAUAUUCUGUAACAGUGAAUAUCAUAUUGAUACAAACUGUGCCUGAGCUUCAGAAUGUGAGGGCCUCACUUGUACAGAAAUUAAUUCUCUUCUCAAGCAUUUAAUGUGUUCUCUAUAAACACCUUCCAUUAAGUUAAAAGUUGAUCUAAACAAUUCUAAAGAUUACAGUUGAGAAUAUGAUGCAUAGUGUUAACACUUGGGAACACCAAAAUGUCUAAUACGUACAGUCAAUUCUAUAACUUCUCUUUACCUAUCAAUACCUGAUUUUCUUUCAAUUUCAUAAUCAUGUUUACCUAGUAGUAAAUGGUAAGAACACAUGUACUACAAAUCUACACUUUUGAAAGUAAAAAAUAAAAAGACUUUGAGUAGUAUUUUAGCUUUUAACAGUAUUUUCAUUUAUUCUACCUAAUGAUUAAACAAUAUGGUGAAAUAUUGAAAACUCAUGUUUAUGACUUAACUUUUCAAGUAAAUGUUCCAUUUUAGAAUUUCUAUAAUAUCUUCUCUUAAAUGAACUUUGUAUUGUAGAAUAUCAAAGCAACCAUCAAAAUUCAGAGAGAUGCUUAUAAAAUGUACUACUCCUCCUACCUAUUAAUUCUUUUUAAAUCACAGCCUAAGUUGCACAAAUGUAUUUGUACUUUGACAAAUUGAAUUUAAAUAAAAUCUUUCCCCUCUGGU